UGGAAGGCCAGUGUAAUCAUUGUGAACAAAUUUUUCCGGCCACACGAGACAGUGGGACCAGCCACUUACGUCGGCACCUGAAGGUAUGCCCAAUGAAAAUUGCUAUGAAUGAAAUGAUUUACAAGUUGGGUCCUCCUGAGGUGGUAGAUCCUAAUUGGAAAUUUGAUGCUAAAGUCUCACAGUUUGAAUUAGUCAAGUUGAUUGUUGUGAAUGAAUUGCCGUUCUCUCUCGCGAAGUACAAACCAUUUCGGGACUUUGCUGCUUCCUUAAAUCCGUGGUUCAAAGUGCCCUCGAGAACAACUGUCAAAAAUGAUUGCAUGGAAAAUUUUAAGAGAAACAGACUAAAAGUGCAACAAUAUUUUGAGAAGUCUACUAGUAGAGUAUCUUUGACAGCAGAUAUGUGGACGUCAAACCAAAAAUUGGGUUAUCUUUGCAUCACCUGCCACUUGAUUGAUUCAGAUUGGCAAAUUAAAAAAAUUGUCAUAAGAUUCUUCAUGAUGCAGACACCUCACAAUGCUAUGAACAUGUAUGGUGUGAUACUAAAGACUAUUCAAGAGUUUAAUUUAGAGGAUAAGCUCUUUGGUUUCACGUUAGACAACGCACCGGUGAAUACCGCGAUGAUAAACCACUUAAGAGAGAAUUUGGUUAAAAAAGGUUGUCUUCUCUUGAAAGGAAAAUUAUUUCAUUGUCGAUGUGCUCCUCAUGUCUUCAACUUGAUGGUUCAAGAUGCUCUUCUCGCAAUGAAAUCUGUGGUCAAUAACAUUCGAGAAUCUAUCCAAUUCGUAAAGAGUUUGCAAUCAAGAGGCCAACAAUUUCAAGAGAUAAUCAAUCAAGUGGGGUGCUGUUUUGUUAGGCAGCCUUCUGUAGAUGUACAAACUCGUUGGAAUUCCACAUAUUUGAUGCCUGAAUCAGCUAUACCAUUUAGAAGUGCAUUUGAUGCCUUAGGGCAGCAAGACAAGGAGUACGAGUUUUGUCCAACACCUAUUGAAUGGAAAAUGGCUGAAUCUGCAUGCAAAUUGCUAAAAGGAUUUUACACAGCAACCAAACUUCUCUCUGGAUCUAAGUAUCCGACUAGUCAUCUCUACUUCCCCCAGCUAUGUAAGAUUAAGAAGAUCUUGAACAGAGAGUCAUCAAGUAAGAACACCAUCAUUGCGCAUAUGGUGCAGCAAAUGGAAAUAAAGUUAGAGAAGUAUUGGAAGGAGUCCUACAAGUCGAUUUGUGUUCCGGUUGUAUUUGAUCCAAGGUUUAAGUUUGAUCUACUUGAAUAUAUGUUAAAAGACUUUGGAAGUGAAAUUGAAGCCAAUAAAUGGAUGCUUAAAUUAAAGAAAGCAAUCCAAAAGCUUUUCGAUCAGUACUCUCUAGAGAUUCUUGUUCAUCACCAAUAAGAAGAUUGUGGGAGUCCUGGUGCCGAGGAGGAUGAAGAAGACGAUGAUCCACUUGCAGAGUGGGAUCAUUAUAUCCGUUGCAAAAAAGGACAAGCAAAUAAUGAGCUGGAUCAGUAUUUGAAAGAGGAGUUGUAUCCACGGAAGAAAGAGUUGGACAUAUUAGAAUGGUGGAAAAUCAACUCUCCCAAGUAUUCGGUACUCUCUACGAUUGCUCGCGACAUAUUGGCUAUUUUGGUGUCCACAGUGCCAUCCGAGUCUGCUUUUAGUUCUGGAGGACGCAUUGUCAGCGACUAUAGGAGCAGUCUUUCUUGCUCCACCGUCGAAGCUUUGAUUUGCCUACAAGAUUGGCUGAGAACUGAUGAUCCAGAAAAAUACAAAGGCGUAUCAUUGGAGACAGAUGAAGAAGAUCAUGGAAAUAUGGGUUGCUAGUUUACUACUUGAAGAAAGGAUGGCAGGUUGAUGGUGAUGGAAGAUCUUGAAGAGCUGAAAAAAUUCAUCUUGCUGUAGCCUCUAGUCUUAUUGUAAUUGAUUUUGUCUUUAGUCUUGCUACAAAGAAAGGAUGGCAGGUUGAUGGUGAUGGAAGGUCUUGAAGAGCUGAAAAAAUUCAUCUUGUUUUAGCCUCUAGUCUUAUCACAAUUGAUUUUGUCUUUAGUCUUGCUGCAAAUAAAGGAUGGCAGGUUGUAUUAAUGCAAUUUAUCUUGCAUUCAGAUUAUGUACUUGUUGUAUCCUGACAGGUUGUAGUCUUAA